AUGCAUUUCCUUCUACCGUAUCUUCUUUUCUUCCCAAUUUCUAUUGUUUGCAUCAAAUUAGAUCUUCAAAAUUCUGGAAAACUUGAGGAUGAUUCAGAAGAAAUUGAUGAAAAUGAUGGGCCAAAUGGAAAAGAUGUUUAUUCAUUUUUAGCAAGUCGAAUGAAUCAAGAUUUGGGAAUGAAAAAGAAGUUACCAGCGAGAACAUAUAUGAUUCCAGGUGCAUUUAUUUUUACUAACGAAGGCAAUUAAUUAUUUAGUUAUGUUUCAGGACCUCAAGAACCAUUACCAGGUCGAUCACAUGCUAGUGAUUAUUGGCCAGUUUUCCCUUUUCAAAAUCAAUAUUCAGCUGGAAUUGAUCUCGAUCCCUCAACUUCUCGGGUAAAAAAUUGAAUUUUAAAAAAUAACUUUAGUUAUUCACCUUGCAGCAUAUUGGAGGUGAUAUUAAUAUAGCAGUUCCUUCUUUUGGAAUGAUGGAUGUUUAUGGAAGAAUGUAUACAAGGUAAGGUUUUACUGAUUGUGCUUCCAAAUAAUAAACUAAUAGAAUUGGUGACUCGACUACAAAAAUUGGAUACAUAAAUCAUCCAGUAAAUAUGUUGGAUUUGGAAAAAGAAGAUCUUGUUAAAUUAAUGAGUGAUCCAGCAGUUCAUGAGAAUAGAAGUAAGUCUAUCAUCAAAAUUGCUAUUACAGAUUCACUUUAUUUUCAGAAGCUCACCCAACUCUUCCAAUGGCUACUCUUCCGAGACGAUUUGCUCCAAUGAGUUGUAAACCACCAAUGUGUAAUCCAUAUCAUAUGAACUUUGGGUUAGGUGUGAGUUUUUGAAAAAAAAACAAUUAGGAAAAUCUUAAAUAUUAAAUUUUUUCUAGACUUUAUCAGAAAUUGAAAAUUAUUAAAAUGAAAAAAAUCGUUAUUUGAAACGUGACCUCUCUCUUUCUCAUUUCUUAUACUCCAGAUUGAUCAUGAUUUUGGCGGCGCAAAUGGUGUUGAUGGUGAUAUCGAUGUUUUGAUGCCAAUGUCAAAAGGAAUCGGAUACAGAUUCCCAUUUUCUGGACAAAUUUAUGCUCAUCAAGAUAAUAUGACUAUAACUUAUGGUCAGAAUUUGUCACCAAUUGAACCAUUUUCAAGUUUGUUUGAUUAUCAAAAACAUCGAGAUCCUGGAUUGAGAAUUCCGAGAAAAUGGGAUAAACGAAGUGUUCAAGAAUACCCGGAGGAACAGGUUCGAAAAUACAGAAACGAAAGACAUAUUAUUUCUGGAACAACGCGAGAGUUUGAAAAGGUUAGUGGGAAAAAUGAAUUUGAAAAUAAAUCGAAAGAUUUUUUCAGCCUGACAAUUAUAUUCAACCGUAUCCAUCUGUGCAGAAAAUCGUUGAACUUAAUCCAUUUGGUUUUUCUUUACCAAUUCGUCCAACAGGAUUUUUCAACGAGGUUAGUAAUUUUGUUCAGAAAAAUGAAUGAUCAUUAUGUUUUUGUAGAAUUCACCAUUUGAUUCUUAUAAUGAUGAUAUACACUUUGAGGAGUAUAACCCUUCCGAAUUCUGGGUACCAUCACGUAUUCCCAACUCUCGUAGAAAAUUCAUAUAUUUCUAAUGACUGGUAAAACCUUCCUCUGAUAAUUUCCUCUGAUAACAAUAAUAAAACAAGUUUGAAAUCUACCUAUCAUUGUUCAUUUCACUCUUUUUUUGGAGAAAGUUUUUACUUUUCGAGUCACUUUCAUUUUUUCAAUGAUCAUCGUAGCCUUUUCUCUUCUCUUAUUUUUUCCUAACUCAUCAAAAUGCGGAUUCAAAUUAGAUCUUCAAAAUUCUGGAGAGUUCGAAGAAAUUGAAGAUGAAAAUACGAACAGCGAGGAACUAGAUCCAGAUAAACCUAUUGGAAAUGAUGUUUAUUCAUUUCUGGCAAAGAGGAUGAAACAAGACACAGGGUUGAAGACGAAAUUGCCGCCACAAGUUUAUAGAAUUCCUGGACCUCAAGAACCUUUACCUGGAAGGUCACAUUCUGGAAAUUAUUGGCCUGUUUUCCCAUUCCAGAAUCAAUAUUCAGGAGGUGUAGAUUUGGAUCCAGCUUUAUCCCGAGUAAGUUUGAAUGUUCAUGGCAUCAGCUAAUCUAUAUUCAAUUUCCAGCAUCUUGGAGGUGAUAUGAAUUUGGCAGUUCCAUCUUGGGGAAUGUUUGAUUUAUACGGUCGUGUUUAUUAUCGUAUUCAUGAUACAACUACAAAAGUUGGAUAUUUGAAUCAUCCAGUAAAUAUGAUGGAUUUGGAAAAAGAAGAUCUUGUUAAGCUUAUGGGUGAUCCUGGAGUUCAAUAUAAUCGAAGUGAGAAAUGGUUUAUUUCUUUCUGUUACCAUUUUUCUUGUAGAUCUACAUCCAACUUUGCCACUUGGUGUGUUUGGAAAACAAAAUUCAGUUAUAAGUUGUAAACCACCAAUGUGUAAUCCAUAUCACAUGAAUUAUAGAUUAGGGGUAAGAUUUUUUUGAACUUUGAUUUAAAUUUUAUCAAGUUAAGAACUCAUUUUUGUAAUCAAUAGAUUGAUGCGAAGUUUUUUUUAGAUCGAACAAGAUUGGGGAGGUUCGGAUGGAGUUGAAGGAGACAUUGAUGUUCCGAUGCCAAUAUCAAAAGGUGUUGCAUAUCGCUUCCCAUUCUCUGGAAAUGUUUAUGCUGCUAGAGAUAAUAUCACAAUUUCUUAUGGACAAAAUUUGUCACCAAUUGAGCCAUUUUCAAGUCUAUUCGAUUACCAAAAACAUCGAGAUCCAGCUUUGAGAAUUCCAAGAAAAUGGGAAAAACGGAGUAUUCAAGAAUAUCCAGAGGAACAAAUCAGGAAAUAUCGAGAGAGAUUAUUUGAAGAAGAGUUUGAUAGGAAAAAACCGCAAAUUCAUGCAAACAUCUUCCCGCAAACUCACUCUACUUUUACAUCAACUUAUUAUCCAAGGGUUUUGCAACGAUCGAGGCCUAAAAUGAUAUCAAUGUACAGAAAAUAUUUUUCGAUUCUUAAUCUUAAACAAUCUGCUUUAUGGUCACCGUAUUACAACAAUUUCAUGGCUUGA